AUGUUCACCAAACUGAGUAUUACUUUCGUGAUUUUAUUACAAUCUAUCGAAGGAUAUCCUUCAGUACCAGGUCAUAAGCCUUAUGAUAUCAAUAAUAUCCUGUCGCCCCGUAUCGUCGGAGGACAAGAUGCUCCCGAAGGCUACGCGAAACACAUGGCAGCUCUUGUGGUGGGCAAUCAAGUGACGAUGUUAACUUGCGGCGCCUCCAUCAUCAACAGACGACACAUGUUGACUGCUGCGCACUGCAUUCAACCCUAUGUGAUUUGGGGAGAGUUGUCGCCACACUUUAAAGGAGUCAUUGGUUCGAAUUACUGGAAUUCUACAAAUAUUAUCAAGUUUUCCGGUCAUAAAAUCCACCCGAAGUACGGUUGGACGAACUUGGCAAACGAUAUCGGCGUCCUCAGGACUGCUGUCGAGAUCGUGUAUAGUGACCUUGUUAGUGCGAUAGCAAUGAAAUAUGACUUUGUCGGGGGCGGAGUCAAGGGUUUCGUCACUGGCUGGGGACAACUCAAGGUCCACGGUCAUACUCCAUACCGUCUCCAGCUUUUGUACCUUAAAACGAUAUCUCCACUACAGUGUGUAUUGGGUGUUAGGCUGGCUUCCUCCUUGAUGGGCUGGGGAUAUAAUCCAGUUGAUCCUAGUUUGGAAAUAUGUACUAUACAUUUUAAGGGACACGGAAUGUGUUAUGGUGACUCGGGCAGUGCGUUAGUGGAGGCUGAGACUGGCAAACAGAUUGGCAUCGUGUCGUGGGGAUUCCCCUGCGCGCUCGGAGCCCCCGACAUGUUCGUGAGGGUCAGCGCCUACGAAGACUUCCUGAAAGACGCUCUCGAGGAACAUAUUGAACAUUAGCUAUGAUUAUAUUAUAUGAUAGUUAUGUAAAAAUAUUGAUCGUAUUGUUACUGUUAACUUGUUAUAUGCUAUUAACUUAUUUUUGACACAUGCGGAUAAUUCAACAAUGAUUUUUGUCACACCGCUCCUGUGAAAAUGUUAAUAAAUGUAAUGUUUUUAGUUAAGAUUCUCUUGUAUUUUUAA